GAAAAAGUGUGUCGCGAUCGGGCAGAGAAGCUUUACAAGUUUGGACAAGUUUGACUUUGUCAUCCGAAGGUCCAAACCCGAAACAAACGCAACACAAACCAUGUCUGCGUUCAGGGACGCGACAUUUUCUCGCUGACUUCUCGGCCCGGAUAGAUGUGUGUCUAAAACUCCAGUGCUAAUGGAGAUCGUGUCCAGCGAGGAGAACCAGCUCGUUCCCAGAGAGAUAGAAAAUGUAGCCGAGGAGCCGAGAGUGCUGUGUAUAGUCCAGGACACCACCAAUGCCAAGACUGUCAACGAGAGACUGACCCUCAACCUUCCUGCCUCCACCUCCCUCUGCAAACUUCACGAAGACAUUGCCCACAAAGCAGGCUACAUAACUGGCACGUUUGACCUCACAUGGGGCAAUGCAGCUGACAUGGCACCACUGGACCACAGCAGUGAGAUGUCUCUCUCAGAGUCUGGGUUUGAGCCCGGGAAGAGGAAUUUUCUUCAGCUGACCGACAAAGAUGGAGAACAGCCCCAGAUUGCUUCGGAUGAGUCAGGAACUGCAGACAGCAGUGGACUAGAUGACAGUUCCCAAGAGCGUUUUAUUGGACCCCUGCCAAGAGACGGCAUGGCAGGGUGCAGUAGUGACUACAGCAGCCCCUCCUACUCCUACUCCUCCAUCCUCAACAAAUCAGAGACAGGAUACGUGGGUUUGGUCAAUCAGGCCAUGACCUGUUAUUUAAACAGCCUCCUGCAAACGCUGUUCAUGACCCCGGAGUUCAGGAACGCUCUGUACAACUGGGAGUUUGAGGAUUCUGAAGAGGACCCAGUCACCAGCAUCCCCUACCAGCUUCAAAGGCUUUUUGUUUUGCUGCAGACAAGUAAGAAACGGGCAAUUGAGACCACUGAUGUGACACGAAGCUUCGGUUGGGACAGCAGCGAGGCCUGGCAGCAGCAUGACAUCCAGGAACUAUGCAGGGUCAUGUUUGACGCCCUGGAGCAAAAGUGGAAACAGACAGAGCAGGCUGACCUGAUCAACCAGCUGUACCAGGGGAAGCUGAAGGACUACGUUCGCUGUCUGGAGUGUGGCUAUGAGAGCUGGAGGAUCGAUACCUACCUGGACAUCCCACUCGUCAUUAGACCCUUCGGAGCCAGCCAGGCUUUUGGCAGCGUGGAGGAGGCUUUGCAAGCAUUCGUCCAACCAGAGACUCUGGAUGGGCCAAAUCAGUAUUUCUGUGAGCGCUGCAAAAAAAAAUGUGAUGCCCGUAAGGGGCUAAGGUUUCUGCACUUUCCCUACCUGCUGACACUACAGUUAAAGCGCUUUGACUUUGACUACACCACUAUGCAUCGGAUCAAACUCAAUGACCACAUGACCUUCCCCGAAGAGCUGGACAUGAGCCCCUUCAUUGACGUGGAGGAUGAGAAGUCUCCUCAGACAGAGAGCUGCACUGACAGUGGGGCAGAAAAUGAAGGUAGUUGCCACAGCGACCAGAUGAGCAAUGAUUUUUCCACUGAUGACUGUGUUGACGAGGGCAUCUGUCUGGACAACACCGGCAGCACCGAGAGGGUAUUGAAGCCAAAGAGUUUGCUGACUUUUGAGCUGUUUUCUGUCAUGGUCCAUUCGGGGAGUGCCGCAGGUGGCCACUACUACGCCUGUAUCAAAUCCUUCAGCGAUGGCCAGUGGUAUAGUUUUAAUGACCAGCACGUUAGUAAGAUCACCCAGGAUGAUAUCAGGAAGACAUAUGGAGGGUCCUCAGGGAGCAGGGGCUAUUAUUCCAGUGCCUUUGCCAGCUCUACAAAUGCAUACAUGCUGAUUUAUAGGCUGAAAGAUCCCUCAAGGAAUGCAAAGUAUUUAGAUGUAGAGGAUUUUCCAGAGCACAUACAGCGUCUGGUUCAGAAGGAGAAAGAGUGUGAAGAACAGGAAAAACGACAGCGGGAGAUUGAGCGUAACACCUGCAAGAUCAAGCUUUUCUGCAUGCACCCUGUGAAGAUGAUGAUGAUGAUGGAGAACAAGCUAGAAGUUCACAAGGACAAAACCCUCAGAGAAGCAACAGAGAUGGCCUAUAAGCUGAUGGAGCUGGAGGGCGUGGUUCCUCUUGACUGCUGUCGCUUGGUGAAAUACGAUGAGUUCCACGAGUAUCUGGAAUGCUCCUAUGAGGGUGAGGAGGACAUGCCAAUGGGCCUGCUGUUGGGGGGAGUAAAGUCCUCGUACAUGUUUGACCUACUAUUGGAGACCCGCAGGCCGGAGCAGGUGUUCCAGCCCUACAAACCUGGAGAGGUGAUGGUUAAGGUCCAUGUUGUGGAUCUCAAGACUGAGACCAUUGCUCCUCCAAUCAGCGUGAGGGCUUACCUGAACCAGACCGUCAUUGAAUUCAAACAACUCAUUGCACAGGCUACAGAACUGUCUGCAGAAACCAUGCGUGUGGUCCUGGAGCGCUGCUAUAACGAUCUUCGGCUCCUUUAUGUCCCCAACAAGACAUUGAAAGCCGAGGGCUUCUUCAGGAGUAACAAGGUUUUUGUGGAGAGCUCUGAUUCAUCAGAUCACCAGGUCACUUUCACCGACUCCCUUUUAUGGAAACUGCUCGAUCGCCACGGAAACACCAUCCGACUUUUGGUCUUGCUGCCUGAGCAGUCUCCUGGCACCCUGACCAACAGAACUGUUUGCAAGAAAGCGAGCGGUGACUCCAAUCUGUCCUUUGGGUCAAAGGGUAACAGGAAAUCCGUAGAUGCUAUGCUGGAGGAAAGCACGGAGAAACUAAAGAACUUGUCUCUCCAGCAGCAGCAGGGCUCCGGCACCAGCGACAGCCAGAAGAGCUCAGACGCUAGUGACUUUGAUCAUAUUGAGUCACCCAUCCAGGAGUCAGACUCCAAAAUCUGUGCAGCUGCAGACAACCGAGAGCUGGAGAACCGGAUCCGGUCAGCAGUCGCUGGCAAUGGCAGCGCCUCCACCUCCGACCUUGAGAACCAGUUUGCCUGUGAGGAGCGGUCGGACUCAGAGGUGAACAACGAUCGCAGCACAAGCUCGGUGGACAGCGACAUCCUGAGCUCCAGCCACAGCAGUGAUACCCUGUGUAACGCUGACAGUGGUCCCAUCCAGCUGGCCAACGGCCUGGACUCCCACAGCAUCACCAGCAGCCGUCGCUCCAAGGCCCAUGAAGGCAAGAAAGAGACCUGGGACACAGCGGAGGAAGACUCCGGCACGGACAGCGAAUAUGACGAAAACGGGAAGAGCAAAGCAGAGGCCCAAUACGUUUACUUCAGAGCAGAACCUUAUGCCCAGGACAGCACCACUGGGGAAGCACAGAAAUGUUUACUGGUCCAUGUGGACAAGAGAAUAACGCUGGCAGCGUUUAAGCAGAACCUGGAGCCCUUUGUCGGAGUCACCUCCACACAGUUUAAAGUUUUCCGGGUGUACGCCAACAACCAGGAGUUUGAGAGUGUGCGGCUGAACGAAACCCUGUCCUCCUUCUCAGAUGAUAACAAGAUAACUAUUCGACUUGGAAGAGCACUGAAAAAAGGGGAAUACAGAGUAAAAGUAUACCAGCUACUAGUGAAUGAACCAGAGCCCUGCAAGUUUCUGGUGGACACUGUUUUUGCCAAAGGCAUGACUGUCAGACAGUCUAAAGAGGAGCUGCUCCCGCAGUUAAAAGAACAAUGUAAGCUUGACCUCAGCACUGAUAGGUUUCGUCUCAGGAAGAAGACUUGGAAGAAUCCAGGCACAGUGUUUCUGGACUACCACGUCUACGAAGAAGAUAUCAACAUCUCCUCUAACUGGGAGGUCUUCUUGGAGGUUCUGAAUGAACCCGAGAAAAUGAAGUUCAUGUCCCAGCUGGCUGUUCUGACGAGGCGCUGGAGUCCUUCGCAAAUGAAGCUGGAGCCCUUCCAAGAAGUGGUUUUAGAGAGCAGCAGCGUUGAAGAACUCAAGGACAAGCUCUGUGAGAUAAGUGAUAUUCCUCUUGAAAACCUGGAGUUCGCAAAGGGGAGAGGAACAUUUCCCUGCGAUAUCUCAGUGCUGGAGAUUCAUCAGGACUUGGACUGGAACCCGAAGGUGUCGACUCUGAACGUGUGGCCUCUGUACAUCUGUGAUGAUGGAGCUGUCAUCUUCUACAGGGACAGCAGCGAGGAGCUGCCGGAUCUAUCGGAGGACGAGCGCAAUGAGCUGAUGAAGAAAGAGAGCAGCCGUCUGCUCAAGACUGGACACCGCAUCAGCUACUCUCCACGCAAGGAGAAAGCCCUCAAGAUCUACCUGGACGGAGGCCCCGCCAAGGACCUGGGGCAGGACUGAGAGCCAGAGCACUGACCCCGGCUGCGUAGAAAUCCCACCCACCGCGGUGUCGUACGGCUGGACGUAGGGACCCUGUCUGCAUGAGCAUGGAGCGCAUGGACUCCAUUGCCUUGUGGUGGACGUGCUCUUACCCUCCACUCUGAGCCCAACAGCGGCAGAGGUUGGCUCAGAAACCAUAUUGUGCACUCUAGUGUAUUGUACUGUAACGUUCAAAGGGAAGUACAAAAGCUAUUCAGUAAAACAUUUGAAUACUGUAUAGACAAAUCAGUUGAGCAGAACAUGCAGGGGUGGAUGCACAGACGUUAGAGGUGUUAAACUGGAGAGGAAAACAUGGCUGUCUGUUUGUGUCACUUGUCUCCCUCCCUCCCCCAUUUCCCUCGUUGUCUCGGUGUUUCUCUUCACGUCUGAGUGGAUUUAAGCCCAUUUUGACUCGGUGAGCAUUUCUGAAAUCAUGUUACUCACGUUACUCCGGUUUAGCAAGCGUAAAGACACCGUGUGUGAAAGGACUGUCCUGCAGCCUUUCUGAGUCCCUUCUCUGCCCAGUCACACUCUAUCGGGGGUCUUGGGGACAGGCUGAAAAAUCAUUCAUUAUAAAGUUGACUUAAUGAUUCAAAAAAAAGACAGGCAACAAUUUGGAAUGGCCCAGCCAAGGGCUCCUUUCCCAUAAUGCCACGGGGUAAUUUUCUUACUGCUGCCCUUCCCUUCAUGAUUUCGUGGAGCUUUUCCUCUCUUCCGUCACUGGUACAUAGACUUCUGCUCCCUCUACCACCGAGGACGAAGAAACGAGCCUAAGUAGACGGCGUCGAUAAGAAUGUCCUUGUUUUGUUUUUGUUCCUGUAAAUUAUUUUGCUCUUGACUUAAUGAUCUGAUUGCGUCCUGUGAGAGAACCUUCACACAUCCGUUGUUUGUAUGUAGCCUUUAUUUUUAAUGACCGAGUAACUUGCUGAUGUUUUGUGCGCUGCACCGUGUGAACCGGGUGCGGAGCAGCAGUCUCUUGGGCAGCAUGUUUGUGUCGAGGUGGCGAGAGUUCACCGUGGCUUCUGCUGAAGGACAGAAAGGAGACGUGAAGAAGGAAAACAGACGUGAAGAACGAAAACAGACGUGAAGAACGAAAACAGACGUGAAGAACGAAAACAGACGUGAAGAACGAAAGGAGACGUGAAGAACGAAGAGACGUGAGGAAAGCGGUUGUUUUGGCGCUUCUGCCUGCUGCUUGAUAGACACCAGAAGGUGUAACGCGCCGGCUCCCAGCAUGCCCAGUUUCCUGCGGACUCCUGAUGCUGCCACCAGCUGCUCACUGUAGAACAUGCCAAUACCCGAUUUGUUUUUUGAUCAUUUCUUGGAGAUUUAAAAAUCCUGUGUGAGCAUAGUUUAAGAUUGUUAGAAACAAAUUAAAAUGCUUUUUUUUCAUAA